AUGUCGGGUAAAAGUGAUAUAUGGAAUCAUUUCAUAAAAAAAUAUUUAGGAGGCACAUGCAAAUAUUGUCACCAAGAAUUAAAAACUAAGGGAAACACAACAAAUUUGCGUAAUCAUUUAUUAAGACGCCAUCCAACAAUUAAGACCGUAAAUCUCAAAAAGAAGAGUGAAAGUGGUGGUGGUAAAUGUGAUAAUGCACAAAAUGGUGAUGGAAAUGAACAAGCGAGCGCGGAAUACCGAGGAGCAAUGCGGGAGGCGGAGGCCACUCACUUUAGGCGUCUAGCCGAGGGUGGGAACGAGGAUCCUUAG